AUGUCGUCGAGGUCCCAUCGCCCGGACGCCGAGGUUGAGGACUUUGAGACGUUCGACGAUCGGACGCCCGUAUACGCAUACGAGCAGACACUGGGCUAUGGCAAUUACUCGAGCGUCGCGCUGAAGCAGUUCGCAAAGGACACUGCUGCGCGGUUGAACAGCAAGGGCAAGCAGCCAGCGAGCGACCAGCACGACGCAGACCCAGCAAGCUGGGACGCAAGCAGGAAUCGAGCAGGCUCAACAGCGAGCAACAGCGGAGGAGGCGGCGGUCUGGCCGUCGCCGCACUGUUCGCCCCUCAGGAUGCAUCGGGAUCCGGCGCAGCAGGCGUGGCGUCGUCGUCGUCGUCGGGAGGCAGGCGGGCGGACGACGCGCUCGAGAUGCCGCUCGACCCGCUCAACCCUGACGCGUCCGUCGCGCUGGACUUGCACUCGAGCGCGUCAGGACCGCUCGUCAGGCACGGCGAUCCAGUCCCAGGAACAGAAGUACACACGGAGGAAAUCGAUCUCCGGGGCGACGGCAGCAGCGCAGAUGGAGGAGCACGGUCCAACAAGGCUGCAGACGAUCUGCGCGCCCUCACCACGCCACAAGGCAUCAAAGCCCAGCUUUCGUACUGGGUGGCAGCAGUCUUCAACAACGAUUGGGUCUUUUUGGCUCUGCUCGGCAUGCUCACGUCCACCAUUGGCUUUACUGUCGACUUGACGAUCGCGCAAGCCGAAGCUGGUCAUCGCCAACUCGUUCAUCUUACGGACGACAAGUUUCUUCAAUACCUGCUUUGGGUGUCUGUCACGAUGGGAGUGAUGCUCUUUGCCGUUGGAUUCACUCAUUUCGUCUCUACCAAUGCCAUCGGCUCUGGCAUUCCCGAACUCAAAACCAUCCUCAAGGGUAUCGAUUUGUACCACUACUUUUCCUUCCGCACGCUUGUCGCCAAAAUUGUUGGUGUGGCAGGUGCCAUCGGAAGCGGCAUUCAGCUUGGCAAAGAGGGUCCUUACGUGCACAUUGCUUGCAUCCUCGUGCACAAGGGUUCGAAACACCUGUUCAAAGCGAUUGCGAAUAACAAGGCACGACGAUUGGAAAUGCUUUCGGCUGCUUGCGCCGUCGGUGUUGCGGUCAAUUUCGGUGUGCCAAUCGGCGGAGUGUUGUUCGCCAUUGAAGUCACUGCGACCUAUUUCGCCAUUCGCAACUACUGGCGAGGCUUUUUCGUGGCGACGGUCUCGGCAUUGAUGAAUCGUGUUCUUGUGACGUGGUACACGGGUUCCGGUGUCAUCACUCCACUCUAUCAAACCUUCUUCCCGAAAACGAGCUACCAGCCCAUCGAACUCUUGGUGUUCAUUCCGCUGGGCAUGCUGGGCGGCUUGAUUGGCUCCUUGUUUGUCAAGUGCCAUCGCAAGUACAUUGAUUUCCGCCGCCUCAAGCUGAACAACAUUUCUUGGAUUAAGAACAAUUGGUUCAUGUAUCCGCUUAUUGUGACCUUCGUGCUGGCCACUGUGACGUCCGGUGUCGUCAUUGGGCCGUACAUGAAUCUCACACAACGUCAAGUCAUUAACAAUCUCUUCUCGCAAGAACCAUUGGUGAAAGUCAAUCCCGACUGGGACUACCCAAACAUUUUCGUUGCUCUUUUGAUUUUCGCCUUUGUCAAGUUCUUCUUUGUCAUUUUUGCCAUCUCGUUGCCUGUUCCUGCCGGAAUGGCCUUCCCCGUCUACGUACUCGGCGCAGCACUCGGGCGCUUUGUCGGCGAGGUGAUUGCUGUCAUUAAUCCCAAUCCUGUGGAGGGCUGGAUUCCUGCGAGCUACGCCCUAGUCGGCGCGACUUCGUGUGCUGCGGGUGUGACACACACAAUUGCGAUCGCAAUCAUUACAUUCGAGCUGACGGGUCAGAUUCACCACGUCAUUCCGCUCUUGACUGCUGUGGUUGUUUCAAAUGCGGUUGCGCAAUCCUGGAUGCUGCUGUACAACAUGACUGCCGCCGACUUGAUGAAUCGCGACCUGGCGCUCGUGAGCGAAGAAUCCACCUACGCAGACAUCAAAGACCUCGUUUCAAAGACCGAGUUCAGCACCUUCCCAGUUGUGAACAGCCGCGAGGCAAUGAUUUUGAUUGGCACGAUUCGUCGUGAUGUUCUUCAGCGCAUGCUCAACGAGCAGCUCAGCAAGGCUCUUGCGGGACUUGGGGGGCGUUCGCGCUCCCACACGCUGGAUGGAGCUGUGUCUGACGACGAACAUCACGGAGACACCUUCUCCAGUAUCACCAGCAAUGUGUCGUUUACUGGCAAUGAGACUCUGCCAACGGAUUCGACGUUGCCAGAAAAUGAGCGAAAGAAAAAGCUCCGAAAGCGCCGCAUGCCGAGCUUUGUCAACAUUUUCCGCAAAUCCGUUGAGAAUGUGGACGCACCAGUAGAGGCCCAGCCAGACGAGCGAGAAAAGAAUGCACUCGAGCGCCGCAUUCAUUCCCUUCUUGACGAGCAAGUGGUUCUUCGAGGCGCACGAAUCGAUGCAUCCCCCUUCCAGCUUGUUGCGCGAACUUCGCUUGCAAAGGUCCAUUCGUUGUUCUCGCUCUUGGGCCUCAAUGUUGCCAUUGUCACGUCGCGUGGACGCGUCGUGGGCGUUAUCACAAUGCGCGAGUUGAACGCUGCAAUUGAAGGCGCUUCUGCCAAGCCAUAG